AUGGGCGACAAACAUGACACCACCAACACCUCCACACAAUCUGCUCCCUUACAUCCAGUUUAUACUGUUACUGAUAUCACCAAGAAGGUCCCUGUCCUGGAUGGUACUACGGUCACGUACUCCGCGUGGGUGAAGCUCUUUAACCUUCAUGCUCGCGGAUACGAGGUCCUAGACCACAUCACCGCUGAACCACCGUCUAAAGACGAUCCCACCUACGCUCAAUGGAUGAAGAUUGAUGUUGUCGUACUUCAGUGGAUAUACAACACGUUAUCCGCUAACUAUCUCCUUCGGGUCCUUGAAGAACCAUCUACGACUCUCCAAGCUUGGAAUCGGGUCAAGAACAUCUUUCAUAACAACAAAGGUCCUCGUUGUGCCGCCCUUCAAUCUCGGUUUGUGAACCUGAAACUCAGUUCUAUGUCUUCGUUGGAAGCCUACUGCCAAACCCUUCGGGAUUUGGCAGCCCAGUUAGACGAUGUGGGCAGCCCGGUUAACGAACAAACUUUAGUUCUGCAACUUGUUCGGGGUCUGCCUCGGGAGUAUGACACCAUCGGUUCUAUCAUUAAUCGUGAACUUCCCUCCUGA